CUCGAGGAUUUUCAUAGGCGCAUGCGCGGCAACAUCGGCUCACACACCCCAAUCCCUCGCACGUUCAUUCCUAACUAUGACAUGGACCAGGAUACAUGAGUCCCCACUGAUCAUUCCCAACUACCUGAGCGUUCGCGAUCGGUCAAGCAAGUCUAAAAGGUUGAGAUUACCGUAAGGUGGCACAUACCCGUGACGUAUAGCGAGAUACUGUGUGUAAGUCCCCACUUAACCUACGCCAUUGUCGAAAAGAGAGCAGUUCCCGCUCGACAUCAGAAUGGGCCACCUCUCAUUCAUACAGAUUCUGGCUCUCCUUAUGGUGAUUACCAUAAACGCUUCUACUAUAUCCCGUUCAGGAAAAGAAAAGGUUGAUGUGGAACGUACCGAAGGGCUCGUGGAAAUGCUGAGAGAAUUUCUUGAUGAUGAGGAAUUCGAAGAUGAUGACGAAGACUUCAUAGAUGAUGAUACCUCGCUUGAUGAUGUGUGGCUUGAUGACGAAACACGAGACAGUUUUAAUGAAGACCAGGCCGCACUGAUACUGCAUGAAGGAGGAGAGUUCAUACAGGGUUAUGACGCACUGACUCAUUUUGUUGAUCUUGAGGAGGAAUGGUUUAAGGAUCAUGACCAACAUCUCGGCAGCGGCACUCGUGAAACACUGGGGAUGAAACGAAAUUUUGACAAAGGAACUACGACCUGGCCAUCAGGACUAAUACCAUACACAACAAGAAACUUCGCCGAAAGCAGGAGUCUGGCAGCUAUCAAAGAAGCGAUACAGAUAAUUGGAAAGGAGACAUGUGUGAAGCUCUUCGAGAAGGGAAGUUCCAGCGCUGUUGAUUAUAUUACUUUCGACGGAAAAGGACAAGGAUGUGCAUCUUAUGUUGGGAAAACUGGAAAUCAACAAGUGGUUGACCUUCAGGAACCGGGCUGUAUGACUCCGGAAACAGUCAUACAUGAAAUCAUGCAUGCAAUUGGUCAGCAACAUGAACAGUCCAGAACUGACAGGGCACGUUAUAUAACUAUGCUGUGGAAAAAUAUAGACAAAGGCAAUUAUGUCAACUACUUUACAGAAUUGACACACGAUGGAGUGUCUCCGUACGAUUAUUUCUCAACACUGCAAUACGCACUUGGGACCGAAAUGAAAAUACCUGACCAACGUCUCGCAUUUCUCACAAGUGCCUCUAAAACACUCAGUCACUAUGACGUCAAGGAGAUAGUGACGGCAUAUAAAUGUGACGAAACGUGCGGUUCUGUGGCAUGUCAGAAUCGCGGAUUUGCACGUAAAACAGUUGCAGUCCCAGACAAAUGUACUUGUCGAUGUCCUAAAGGGCUGAAGGGGACAUCCUGUACAGAGAGGGAAGGCGAUAACGAUUGUGGAGGGAUUAUUGAAUUGAAUAAUGGAGAAUCUAGAUCCAUCAAAGCGCCUGGGUACGCUUCUGGAACAUAUACUACAGGCAAAGAGUGCAUCUGGUUCAUAAAGGGAACAGGCACAAACGCGAGAAUAAAGGUAGAAGUUCAGGAACUUGACAUUUUAGCCUCAACCACAACCUGUCCCCAUUAUCUGUCCAUGCGGUACACACUUGUAGGUCAGCCAGGAGUAAAUCUGUGUAAUAAGAUCACUUCUUCAAAGACUUUCGUCAAGACUAUAUCUGAUGAAACCAACAUGUUCCUCUUCGAGUUUAACAGCAAAAAGCCUGCUGCCUCCAACAUCGGGAAAAAUGGCUUCAAAUUAUUCGUUUCUGCUUAUCAGUCUGGAUGUGCACUAAAACCUUGUAAGAAUUACGUUACCUGUACAGACUUGCCUAAUGCGGGGUAUAAAUGUACCUGUCAGAUUGGUUACUCAGGCGACAACUGUGACGUGGUGGCAGCGAGUGCGGUGGUGACAUGUAAUUUCGAAACGGACAUCGGAGGGAAGUGUUGUCUUAAGAAUGACAAGUCUAUAAAGAAUGCAAUAUGGCUUGAAAAAGGGAGCGGCCUGAUUGGAGCACAGAAGGUGUACGCAAAAGACGGGGCCGUAUUUGCACGUCCUUUUGGGCAAUACUAUGGGAAUGUCGCCAAAUUGCAAACGGAACUAACCUUCGCAGAUGGCGCCCGAUGUUUACAGUUCACAGCUAUAGUGGUGAAGGCACGAGAGGGAGAACAACAGUCUGGAUUAGCUGUGUACACAGUUAAACAGGGAAGUCCCCUGGAAACACUUAAAUCAUUAGUGGAAACGACCUCCAACAACUGGCAGGAAUUCAAAAUACCAAUUGAAACUCUUCAUCAGAAAAAGGUUGUUUUCGCGGGAAAAAUUGGAGACACAAUGUUGGGCAUUGAUAAUGUAAUCAUAUCAAAAGGCUGUAAUGGAGAAGGGGCAAGUGUAUGCGCCAAUCAACCUUGUAAAAAUGGUGGUGUCUGUUCGAGUUCUGGUGCUUCAUUUACGUGCGAAUGCAAGUCGGGUUUCAGUGGAUCGACCUGUGAGAUUGCCGCUAAACCCUGUGACGCCAAGCCAUGUAAAAACAAUGGACAGUGUCUCAACAAAGCUUCAGGAUCAACAACGUAUACCUGUGUGUGUGUGGAUGGAUACAAAGGCACAAACUGUAAAACAAUAGAUCAAUCAUGUAAUUCCGACCAAUGGAAAUGUGCCGAUGGACAGUGCAUAGCGAAUGAAUUCCGUUGUGAUUGGCGUCUUUCACAUUGCAAUGAUGGAUCAGAUGAAAAGGGAUGCACCGACCACUGCUUAUCAAAACCGUGUUAAAAUGGUGGAAAGUGUCAAAGUGAAAAGACGACGUUUACAUGUGAAUGUGCUAAUGGAUUCGCUGGCAAAACCUGCACCGAAACACUGACCUGCACAUCAGCACAGUUUAAGUGUACCGACGGCGAGAAAUGCAUUCCCAAAGAUUAUCGUUGUGACAGUGUCCCAGACUGCAAUGACAAUAGUGAUGAGAUUAACUGUGACACUGGCGGUACUGUCACGUGUAAUGAACAGACUGAGUUUAAAUGUACCAACGGGGAGUGUAUCAUUGGCACCUACAAAUGUGAUGGCAUUAUAGAUUGUGGUGAUGGAAUUGAUGAAGCAGGAUGUCCAUAUUUUACAGCGUCUACCCGGAGAGCAAAGUUGGUGGCGACUUAUCCGAUGAAGUCAGAUGAGAAGAAGAGGACAGGUGGAAAGUUGGCAACCUCUCGAUAUCCUGUCAAAAAGGCUCCCGAGGAAACUGAGACGUCUUUCAAAUCUACUCUGCGCAGAAUGCUUAUUCAACUGAGGAAACUUAACAAAUCUGAUGUUAGGUCUUCUCCUCAAACCAGAGCAAAGGUCAAUACUAGGUCAAUUCGUUAGACGACUAACGGAAACUCGCAUUGGUUGUUGACGACAAAGGAUGAAGAGUUCUUCUACAUUUUCUGCAGUUGUAAUCGGAUAUGUUUACACUGACACACUGAUAAACAUUAGAAUAUACAUUGAUGUAUUUUCUUCUGAAUAAAACAGUAUCCUUUAGAAACAUAGACAGCG